CGCCGGGCCGGGCUUCCGAGGGGAGAGGACGGGCUGGCGGGGCUGGGGACCCGCGUCUCGGCCCCCGGAGCGGGGAGGAGACUACGGAGACCGACCCCGGCCCGGCGACUGAGCCUGGCCCGUGAGCCACUCGGCCUCAGAUUGGCUCCCAAGUACCUGAGUGGCGUCUCUUCAUUAAGAAAGUCCCACAGCUCUGGAGGGCUCUGUAAAUCCCGCUGUCAGCUUGCUGAGAAGACAGCAUGGCUAUUACCCUACAGCCUAGUGACCUGAUCUUUGAGUUUGCAAGCAACGGGAUGGACGAUGAUAUCCACCAGCUGGAAGACCCCUCUGUGUUCCCAGCUGUGAUUGUGGAGCAGGUACCAUACCCCGAUUUACUGCAUCUGUACUCGGGACUGGAGCUGGACGACGUUCACAAUGGCAUCAUAACAGACGGGACCUUGUGCGUGGCACAGGAUCAGAUCCUGGAAGGCAGUUUUUUGCUGACAGAUGACAAUGAGGCCACCUCGCACACCAUGUCAACCGCGGAAGUCUUGCUGAAUAUGGAGUCUCCCAGUGAUAUCCUGGAUGAGAAGCAGAUCUUCAGUACCUCCGAAAUGCUUCCAGACUCAGACCCUGCACCAGCUGUCACUCUGCCCAACUACCUGUUUCCUGCCUCUGAGCCCCAUGCCCUAAACAGGGCGGGUGACACUAGUGACCAGGAGGGGCGUUCUCUGGAGGAGAAAGUCCUUAAAGAGGAAAGUGCCAAGAAGACUGGAAAAUCAAAGAAGAGAAUCCGGAAGAGCAAGGGCAACCGAAGUACCUCACCUGUCACUGACCCCAGCAUCCCCAUUAGGAAGAAAUCAAAGGAUGGCAAAGGCAGCACCAUCUAUCUGUGGGAGUUCCUCCUGGCACUUCUGCAAGACAGAAACACAUGUCCCAAGUACAUCAAGUGGACCCAGCGGGAGAAGGGCAUCUUCAAACUGGUGGACUCCAAAGCUGUUUCUAAGCUGUGGGGGAAGCAGAAAAACAAGCCUGACAUGAACUAUGAGACAAUGGGGCGGGCGCUAAGAUACUACUACCAAAGAGGCAUCCUGGCCAAAGUGGAAGGGCAGAGGCUGGUGUAGUUUAAGGAGAUGCCCAAGGACCUGGUGGUGAUUGAAGAUGAGGAGGAGAGCAGCGAAGCCACGGCAGCUCCGCCUCAGGCCUCCACGGCCUCUGCAGCCUCCACCAGUACCACUCGGCGAACCAGCUCCAGGGUUUCAUCCAGAUCUGCCCCCCAGGGCAAGGGCAGCUCUUCCUGGGAGAAGCCAAAGGUCCAGCAUGUCGGUCUCCAGCCAUCUGCAAGUCUGGAAUUGGGACCGUCGCUAGACGAGGAGAUCCCCACUACCUCCACCAUGCUUGUCUCUCCAGCAGAGAGCCAGGCCAAGCUCACCAAGCUUGUGUCUUCAGUGCCCGGCAACAUCCACUUAGGAGUGGCUCCUGUGGGGUCGGGCUCUGCCCUGACCCUGCAGACGAUCCCGCUGACCACGGUGCUGACCAAUGGGCCUUCUGCCAGUACUACUGCUCCCACUCAGCUGGUUCUCCAGAGUGUUCCACCGGCCUCUACCUUCAAGGACACCUUCACUUUGCAGGUCUUUCCCCUGAACACCAGUUUCCAAGACAGCCAAGUGGCAGCCCCGGGAGCUCCACUGAUUCUCAGUGGCCUCCCCCAUCUUCUGGCUGGGGCCAACCGUCCGACCAACCCAGCGCCACCCACGGUCACAGGGGCUGGACCAGCAGGGCCCAGCUCUCAGCCCCCUGGGACUGUCAUUGCUGCCUUCAUCAGGACUUCUGGCACCACAGCAGCCCCUGGGGUCAAGGAGGGACCACUGAGGUCCUCCUCCUAUGUUCAGGGCAUGGUGACGGGGGCCCCCAUGGAGGGGCUGCUGGUUCCUGAAGAGACCCUGAGGGAGCUCCUGAGAGAUCAGGCUCAUCUUCAGCCACUUCCAACCCAGGUUGUUUCCAGGGGUUCCCACAAUCCGAGUCUUCUAGGCAACCAGACUCUGCCUCCUCCCAGCCGCCCCACUGUUGGGCUGACCCCAGUGGCUGAACUUGAGCUCUCCUCAGGCUCAGGGUCCCUGUUGAUGGCUGAGCCUAGUGUGACCACCGCUGGGAGCCUUCUGACAAGAUCCCCCACCCCAGCCCCCUUCUCCCCAUUCAACCCUACUUCCCUCAUCAAGAUGGAGCCCCAUGACAUAUAAGCCAAGGGGUCGGGCAAGUGUGACCCACCAGGCAAAACUGAGCAGGAUUUUCAUAGGGACCGACUUCAAUAGCACACCUGCCCCUGCAUUUCAGUGGGAUGUCAAUACACUUGACCCCCAGUUCCCCGGCCCUACCUGGUGUCACUGUCAUCAACAGUGCCCAGCUUAAACAUCCCUGUCAACAGACUCUGGCCUUCAAGAGCACUCGGGGAUAUGCUUUGGCAGCAUAACAGGCUGACUUGAUGAUGGAGGAAAAUCCUGGAGCCAGGCUGAAGUUUGUGGCCGAGGUUUGUGCAGCAGCUCCGUGAGAAGAGCCCUUCUAGCUGGCUCUAGCUCACUUGCUGCAUUCCCUACACAGGAAAUUUACUACCCUAUAUGUGAAUAUCCUUGUAUGUACUUGUGUGUACUUGUGGGUCUGUAUCUUAGUUUCUUUGGGGAGGACAGGGCUGUAGCUGUGAGGUGUUGUCUCCAAGGGUGUAUGUAUGUCUCCAGGAUCAGCCACAGGGAUAGGUUUUUUGUUUUUAAGGGAAAACAUCUCUAAUUCCUUUGUACCUGCCAAGAUUUAGUUGCUCUGAGACUAUGGGGUACAAGCUUGACCCCCCAAUCUGUCAAUGGUGCAGAGCUGGAACGAGUGCAGAGUAGGAAUGCUUUGAUGCUCACGCACGUUGGGGAAUAUGCCCUCCUCAGGGACAAGAAGCCCGAGUAGGGUCAAACCACGAGGGAAGGGAAGAGGAGUUAGCUCUGGGAGCAGCCCUCACUGGCUGGACCGAGGUACUCUUCCUGGAGUUUGCUGUGUUCACGACCACAGUCAUCAUGUGGUCAGGCUGGAACCUUGGGCCAGCCCAGAGUGCUUUGCUGAAGUAUUAGACAGGGGUGAAGUGCCCUCCAGCCUCACAGCUAGCCACAAAGCCCCAGUCAGAGCUGAAUUCAUUGAAUGUUUGUGCCUGAGCUUGGGCUGUUUGUGUGAUACCAGCCUCCAGCCAGACAAUAGCCUUUGCUGACACUCCAGCCUACUUCCCCCAUCCUGGGCUCCCUCUUGAUUACUUUUUGACAUUUUUCAGCUGUCAGGUGUCACUGAGGCUAGUCCGGCUGCAACCUGGAUGGGGCCCACCCCCAUUCCUGCUCAAGCAUGGGUGCCUACCACAUGGUCUCUGCUGCUCAGCUUGCCUGCGACUCACCUCGAAGGUAGACCAGCCUGCUUCUGUGAUGGCUGCAGCAGACCUCCUCGGGUGGACCAAUGCCUCUUACCUCCCACUUUCACACCUAACCUUGACUCCUUCCCCAAGAAGAUGGGAGUCAGCAGCCAGGAGUCCCUGUGACACCUCUCUCUCUUUGUGGCUCCCUGCUUCCCCUUCCCUUUUUCCAAGGAAGGGCCAACCUAUUCUCUCUCAAAGCUACCCUCUGGGCUGAUGACCUGGAUCUCCUCCCCUCUCCCUUCUUUAAAUCAGCUUGCCUCCCUCCUGCCAAGUUUGGGGGCAAGGCUAAGAAAUGUCAGCCAUGGAAACAACUCUAUUAUCUGGUGACUUCGGGUAAUGUGAAUCAGUGCCUGAGGACCUGUGUCCUUGGUACAAAACCAUCCACUUGACCUAACUACCUCCCCUGGCCUCUCUCUCACUCUUCUCUUCUUCGCCAAGCCAACUCUCACCCUCUCCCUCUCCCUCUCCCCUGCCCCCUGGAGGGCACUGUGUUUGGUUGUGCAAAUGUAUUUACUACAAGUGUUUCCAGCAGUUGGCAUUAAAGUGCCUUUUUCUAAUAAAAUCAAUUUGACAGUUU